AUGCCAAAAGAAGACGAAGACCGAGUGGAUCGACGUCGACGCCAUGCUUCCCCUCAGAACGGUGUUCUUUUCCCCGCGGUGGGCAUGAGACCGCCAGAGAAGCGAAUACCGAAAAAGAUAGGAAGCGUGACGAAAGCGCCAGUGCCGACUAGGCCUCGCCCUAUCAACGGAACCAAACCGCCUGCAUUGGCUGACAAGUUGUCAAUGUCGCUGGACGACUUGAUCAGCACGAACGAGGUCAUAGACUUGGAGGCCGAUGACAUGAACGAGGCCAGGCAGCAACGGGUCAGGCACUCUUUUCGGCAGAUGGGCCUGACACCGGAGACGAUGCAUCUGCGAAGACCUCCUCAAGACAGAGGUGAGGGCCGCAAUGGAAAAGGCGGUGACCGUCCAGAGACGCGUGGUCGCAACCGCGGAGGUUGGAGUCCGGCAGAGAAGACGCACCGCUACAUUUCCUGGAUUGCAAAAGCCGGCUUCAAGGAGCUUGGCCUUGAGCAGCAAGCAGGAGGUUGGCUUGAGCUCGCCGGUAUCGCUGCAGCAGUUACAAGGAACAGGAAGGACCUCGGGGAUUUUGACGCGGAGAAGUUAAAGAUAUAUAUCCAGGAGACCGAUGUCGAUGGACGCUUCGAGAUCAACGGCUGCCAGCUCCGGAAAGUCGACAAGGCAGAUCGACGACGCAGAGAUUCGCAACGAUCGCCUUUCGAGCCCAGCAGCGCCCCAACAGGGCAGGCCGCAGCGCGCGAGCCGCUGGAGAUGCUAGAGGUGUCUUCAUCUGCAUCAUCUGGACGACAUCGCAGGCGGUCUCGAUCGUUGUCGUUGGGAUCUGAUUCCGACAGGCCGGGUGCAGAUGACCCAGAGGAUGAUGCUUUGGCAGCGAGGUGUCAAAACCUCCGGGUUUCUGGCGACAUGGAAGAUGUCAAGCCGGAAAUCAAGACAGAGCUCAGGCCCAACAAAGGUACAGUGCAGAUUCCCACGCCGGAUCCUCCGCCGGGGGAGUACUGGACCCAAUACAAGGACGAGGGUGACAAAGGUCUAUUUUGGUGGUUCUACGAAGGUCCAUUGGGUCAGUGGUGGGUUGGCCAGGAUGGUGGGGAGCCUCUGCAAUAUUGUGGCUGA